AAGUACACAAAGACAACAGUCACACGCAAGUCCAAUAAGAACCGGUCACUUGGCUUUCUCAAUACGCUAGUCUAGUUUGCCACUCCGCGGUUUAAAGCCACACUGUUUGGCGCUUCUCUCAUACCCAAAGAGCCAAAAAAAAGGAGGGCUUUUGCAGAGAGAGAGAGGUGAUGAUGGAUAUGGAUGAUCCUCUAGAUUUCGAGUUCGAAGACCAACUUAUCAGUUCCUCACUUGUUACCAAGAAAAGGAAGAAGGUUAUUGGGUUGGAUGAUCUUUUGACUGAUUACUACAAAGAGAAAAGCAAAGUUGUUGAGAAGGAAUAUAAACAAGUAAAGAAUCAGAAGAACUACAACUCGGACGAGGAUGUCAAUACCAAAGAAGAAUCGCUUGCUAAAGUGAUCAAUCAAUGCGAACAUCAGAUGACAGAAAUAAGUGGUGAGGAAGAGAUGGCCACGUGGGGCAUACGGGUUUUUGGAAAUCAGAAAGUUCCACCACCUCUAGAUUUUCCUGAGCUUCAAAGUUGUGCGCUUUUGCAGUCUUUCAUGAAGAAUGAGCUCAAUUCCCUGUUGGAACUCACUUCAGAAAAUGGAAACACUUUCCUUGAAGGUUUGUUAGCAAAUGGCUGGCUUUAUAAACUGGUUUCUACAUGUGGUCAUGUACAAAAAUCAAUAGCCACAUGGACCUUUAAUUUGAUGCUAUAUUCAUCAAAAGAAGAACUGAGGACAUCUGCAUGUGACUUUUGGUGUAGUGUUCUUUCAUCCAAAAAUGAGAAUCUCCUAAUUGAAUGGUCUCCCAGCUAUUUUGAAUUAAAAGGAGCUCUUGAAAUCUAUGGAUUUCAAUUUAAGUUAUCAUCCAACAUAGAAUCUUUGCAUGCUGAUUCUAAUUGUGGAGGGCCACCUCAAAAUAUUAGAACUUGGAUCAAAUUUGCAGCUGCUUGUUGUUGUGUAAGGAAUAAACAGUCUAUAUUUUCAACAUCAGAAGCUGAAGAGUUAAUUGAAGUCAUUAUUUUUCUGUUCUUGGAUCGCCAACUUCACGGUCUGGUGAUGCUUCUGUACGAAUGUAUGCAAUCGGUAAUAAGUUACUUCACAGAUAAUGAGUGGAAGACCAGCUGUAACAAAAUAGCGAAAUCUCUUGCUUGCAGGGUCCCUAGGGACUUGAACUGCUUGCGAGCUGUGGAAUGCAUUUCAGGAGUUAAUACCCGUAGUAAGCAACUUAGAAGUGCAGUUGCCUAUCAAAUACUUCUCGUUGGUUUUGAUAAUAAGGCUUGUGAUGAAGAAGAGAUCCUACGAUUGCUUAUCUCAAUUAAUGUAAAAGAAAAAGGUUGUGAUCUUUUCAAGAUGUACAUUUACCUGGUUUUGACAGAGAAUUGGCUCUUGGUUAAUCAAAUGCUGGAAAAUAAUGAAGAAAUUAAUGCAAUGUGGGGUCUUUAUCUUCGAAACUGUUCUUACCAAAUUGCCAGCACAGACUUGAGAACUUAUGCAUCAAAGGUCCGUAAUAAGGCUUCAUAUCUUCUACAAGGCACCAUCAACAAAUAGUGUAGAGUAUGUAACUAUGUCAUUGCUUGCUUUGUAAAAAAUUUGCUAGUAUGAAGGCUAACUUCCCACUUGAAAUUGUGGCAUUCAGUAUUUGCAGGAAAUUUGAUUCCGCAAAAUGAAAGUGUGCAAUAGAUCAAAAUCCAAUCUCUUUUGUAAACCAUGAGUUGGCCAGAUUCUAAUGCAGAAGGUUUUGAAGAAUGUUGAAAUUUGCCUACUCAUGAUGUCAAAUUCUUCGGGGGUGCCCCCCCAUUUUUUGUUUUUUUGUUUUUUUUUUUCAAUAGCUGUUGGUAAAUGGAACCUACUUUCUGGAUGUAUAUAAUGGUUGACAGUGAGUCAUUACUUAUUACACGUGCUCUCUUUCUCUUCUUUUUUUGCCAGGGUUGUUGGCAUGUGCAUUAACAUAAAGGUGUUGACUUUAGCGUUGCUUAAUUAUUCUUA